AUGACCGCCAUCGUGAUUGACGGCAGUGUCUUGGAGGGUGGCGGUCAGAUUCUGCGAAACGCAAUCUCACUAUCGUCGUUGCUAUCUAAGCCAGUGUCCAUACAGAGGAUACGCAACGGACGAAAGCCCCCAGGGCUGAAAAACCAACACAGAACUGGUCUGGAAUUGGCAGCAAAGAUUGUGUCUGCAGAGUUGAGAGGAGCGACAAGUGGCUCUACCGAAAUUGAUUUUGUUCCCGGGACGCUAGGACUACCAGGACAUUUUACUGCGGACUCUGUUACCGCUGGUGCAACGACUCUUAUGCUUCAGAUUGCUCUCCCCAUGCUCUUGUUCUCUCAGCAAUCAGCACCAUCAUCUCUCAUACUCAAAGGCGGCACAAAUGCAUCGCAUGCACCCCAAAUUGACUACACCCAACAUGUAUUCCUGCCCUUUGUACGAAGACACUUUGGUAUUGAUGCUACGCUCGAAGUCAAACGUCGCGGGUACUACCCCAAGGGCGGAGGGGAAGUGCACGUUCAAGUGUCUCCAAUGGUCGACAAGAUCAGAGCCUUCAAACUCGUAGAACGCGGCAGUAUCAAAACCAUCAAAGGCAUCGCCCAUCUUGCCGGUUUGCCCGGUCAUAUCGGCAAGGGUAUGGUGGAGGGGGCCAAGGGCUACUUUGCCGGCAACACGGCUCUCGACGGCGUUCCCGUUGAGAUUGAAAGUAGGCGGGAGAGAAACGACAAUACCGUUGGGGCAGGAAGCGGAAUUGUCCUGUGGGCGGAGAUUGAGGGUGGCGGUGUCGUCGGGGGCGAUGCGCUGGGCAGGAAGGGGCUCGAUGCACAGGGUGUGGGUCGCCUGGCUGCCGAGUCUCUGACACAUGGUUUGUCUGCAGGAGGUUGCAUCGAUGAGUGGCUACAAGACCAGAUCAUUAUUUUCAUGGCCUUAGCAGAAGGAACAUCUGAGGUCAAGUGCGGCAAAGGAGAGCUCGAAUUGCACACAAGGACUGCAAUAUGGGUCGCUCAACAAUUAACAGAUGCCAAGUUCGAAGUAGAAAUAGACUUGUCAGGAUGUACAGUAAUUCGGUGCCAAGGCAUUGGCUUCUCCUUGCAAGGAAAUAAAUAG